AUGGCCGGUUAUGAUAGGGAAAGGUUUGCCUCAACCAGCGAUUCAACGUUGGAUGAGCUGUCGUGCGGUAUCUGUCGGGACAUACUGUGCGACCCAUUGAUGACUCCGUGUUGUCUACAGAUGUUUUGCCACAACUGUAUCGACACGUGGCUCGAGUCCAGCGAUACGUGUCCUUACGAUAGGCACCCGCUCUCCAGCGCGCAGUUAUGCCGGACUCCACGAAUUGUGAUGAAUAUGUUAUUGGAUUUGAAAAUUGAUUGUGAAUUCAAAGAUAAUGGAUGCGAUUCUGUGGUCACUUUGGAUGAGUUGCCUCAACACACAGCCAACUGUCGCUUCAAUGAUACAAAAUAUACGGAUUAUGAGUUUGAGGACUACGAAGAGGAAGAAGAGCCGGAUUUGACGGCAAACGGCUUAAAGAUAAUCGAGAAUAUGAUGUCCGAAGAGAUGACCGAAAAGGUGUUGUCAAUCGUAAGCAAUGAUAUAAUAGAGAAGACAUCCCUUUCCGUGAUUUGCGCGAAGAUCUCAAAAAAGUUGGACCAAAAGUGUGGCAAACGAUGGCAUUGUUCAGUAGUGGACCGCUUCGACACUCAGGCCAUCUUCAUCUUUGAGCCCGGAUUUUGGAUUCAAUUGAAGUUUGGUUUCCUCUACUAUAUUAUCUACAAAACACAACAC